AUGGAGGAGGAGGACCUAAGUGAAAGAGGAUUGUCGCAAAUUGCUUCAAUCAUGAAUAGAGUGAGAGACUUGAAAAACAAAUACAGAAAUGAAGACAAUAUCACAGAUGAAUUUAACUGUACUAAAAUCUCAGCUGAUACAACAGAUAACUCUGGAACUGUUAAUCAAAUAAUGAUGACAGCAAAUAAUCCAGAAGAUUGGCUGGUUUUUUUGCUUAGGCUGGAGAAAAAGGGUAUUCCUCAGAUGGAUGUUAGUCUACUGAACAGACUCAUUGGUCGUUACAGUCAGGCGGUGACUGCAUUGCCUGCAGAAAAGCACAGUCAGGAUGAGAGCUACGCUCGCAUCCUUGUGAGAUUUGCCGAGUUGAAGGCCCUUCAAGAUCCGGAGGAGGCACGGGACCAAUUUCAUCUGGCCAAGCUGAACUGCAAGAAAUUUGCUUUUGUGCAUGUGGCUUUUGCACAGUUUGAGCUAUCACAAGGAAAUCUGAAGAAGUGUAAGCAGCUCCUUCAGAAAGCUAUGGAGUGUUCUGCUGUUCCACUAGAAAUGUUGGAAACUGCUCUACAAAAUUUUCAUUCACAAAAAAAGCAAUUGCUUUCAGAUGAGGAGAAGGAGAACUUUGCAGUAUCAAGUACACAAGAAUCUGGACUUCAGAGCAUGGUUGGAAGCCACAGAAGCAUAAAAAGAAAUGAUUGUGGUGAAAAUUCUUCUACUGUUACCAGACUUUUGCUUGGGGAGGAGAAGUCACAGGAACUUAAUACUCUUGUUAAUUACCCCAAUCCAUUAAGACCACUAAACAAAUCUAACCAGGCCUGCCCCUUUGGGAGGAUUCCUGUUAAACUAGUAACUGACGUUGAUGAUGAUGAUGAUGUGAAGAAAACAGAUGUCCCGCUUACAGCUAGUGUUAUGAAGAGGCGAAUAUCAAGCUCCAAAUGUACAGCCUUCGUUGCACCUUUUCCACUAUCAGAAACAAAAUCAUGUGGGGGUGAUUCAUAUGACCUGGGAGACUUACAGAUGCCUUUUGUUUUCUUUAGUCUUUUUACAAAAAACUUCUUACAGUUGCAGAUGUUGGAUGAGAACAGCUUAGAAACAGCUAUCAAUUCAAUUGUAACUCCCAAAACCAAAAUGGAUACGAGUCUUGCAAUUAAAGGAGAAGAAAAAAUCCAGCAUCAGAAGCUGAAGAUACCAGAGCCAAGAAGUCUGGAAAGUCAACAAUCUAGUUCUGGUGAAAGCUAUAGAAAGCAGCUGGAUCAGAUUAAACUAAACUGUGUUAAUGCCAGAAAAAAAUGGCCAAGUCAAGAAGUGACACAGAAAAGCUGCUAUAGAGAGGUAAAACAAUUGAGCCUUGAACAAUCUGGUCAUCCCGUUUCAAGAGGUUUAUCACCACCGGAUGCUGUUUCUAGGAAAAGUGAUCCAUCACAAGUUUGUGGAACACCAAGCACCACCUAUAAUGACUACAUGGACUG